CAGAGGGAGGGGACGGUGCCCGCUCUCCGCGCCCCGCCAGAUGCAGCAACUUGCAGCUGCUCUACUUUAACGCCGAGUUAAUAACGCUUGCACACUGAAACCAGCCCCUGCUCCAAGAUGGAGUGUUUGAAAUUGAGGGAUCUCCUGAGCUUUCGAAUAGGAAAAUGUGAUGUCGCCCCGCACGCCCUCAAUGAUGGAGACCAAAAUGCGCAGAAGGAAAACCGGUUCAGAAGCACUCCCAAAACCCCGGUGAAGACGGAACUGGCGCCGAGCGCUGUCUCCAGGCGCAAGUCUUGUACUCCAGAUCGGAUCCAGGUGACGCCGAAUAAACUCCCUGACAAGUCGUCUCCUGAGCCCUGGUCACCCACGGCAAACCUGAGGAUGCUGAUCAGCGCCGCCAGCCCUGACAUCCGCGACCGGGAGAAGAAGAAGGAACUCUUCAGGCAGAUUGAAAACGAGAGGGUCGGAAGUGCUCCUGACGUUAUUCAGCUUUCGACAAUCGAUGACGGUGCCACCGAUGAAUUUGAACAACAGCGGCCCAGCAGGAAGCAGAAAAGUCUGGGACUUCUCUGCCAGAAAUUCCUGGCCCGCUAUCCCAAUUAUCCCAUUUCCACCGAGAAAACGGAAAUCUCCCUGGAUGAAGUGGCAACAGAGCUUGGGGUGGAGCGCAGACGUAUCUAUGACAUUGUGAAUGUCCUGGAGUCUCUCCAGCUCGUCAGUCGCGUGGCGAAGAACCAGUACUCCUGGCACGGGCUCCUGGGGCUCAGGCAGACACUGGCCACCCUGAAGAGCAAGGGAGAGCAGCUCGGGUACGCGGAGCAGCUGGCUCACGUCCGCCACCGGGACCCGGAGCUGGAGCUCGACGGAGAGGGGGAGGAGAAGAGGGACAGUCCCCAGGAGAACUGGGCCGGCUGCCAGGAACCAGCCGGGGAGUCGACGUCUCCCGAAGCCAAGAAUAAAGCAGUGUCCAUGAACAGCAGGAAGGACAAGUCCCUUCGCAUCAUGAGUGAGAAAUUUGUGAUGCUUUUUCUCGUCGCGGAGCCCAGAACAAUUGCCCUCGACGCUGCUGCCAAAAUUCUCAUCGAGGAAGGUCAGCCGGAGGCCGUGGACAACAGCAAAUUCAAGACCAAGAUCCGCAGGCUCUACGACAUCGCCAACGUGUUGACCAGUUUGGGACUCAUCAAGAAGGUCCACGUGAACGAGCGUGGCCGGAAGCCGGCGUUCAAAUGGGUUGGACCGGUCCACCAGAACUUUCCUGAUGGUUCGGCGAGUCACUCUGCUGCCUUAUCCACAUCGACUGGUGCCACAGAGGUGACCACCCCAGUUGCAGUGAACAGAGAGGGGAGACUGGUCUGCCAAGGUUCAAUCAGUUCUCUAAACUGUGUCCCAGCCAAACAGUUCAAACCUCAGUCGUCACUCUGCAGCCCUCAAAGAGUUGGAAAAGCAGCAAGAAGUUUGGAUGCAGAAGAGUCAUCUGGUAAAAUGGCACAGCUCGCUGCAGCUUGCAGGCUCCAGUUUGAGGAAGACAUUAAGGACUUGGAAUCUCGCCCAGGUGAUGGUGUUAGCAGACCAGAGGCUGCUCCCUCGGCAGUUACCACCAUGGCCACUGCUGUUGCCUCCCUCACGAAGCCCCCAGCCCAGACCGACCAACCGUGGACGUUCUGCCUUCCCAACGGCGGGAAGGGUACUGUCUUGCCCCCGGCUGCUGCCCCGGGCUCGGACGAAGGCUACUCCGGUUUCCACAGGAAUCAGCCCUUCGUGCUGCUGCAGAGUCUGCCCUCGACACCCGUCCUCGUGAUGUACGGCAACAUGGACCCCGUCACUGAGUCCCGGCCGUCUGAGCGAGAAGAAGCAUCGCCGCUCAGAUCCGGAGAGCAGAAGGCUGGAAACUCCCGUAAGCGCAGUCCAGUGGAACAACACCCAGUCCCUUAUGGACAAGCAGAGGACGGCAAACCAAGCACAAAGCGACGGAAAACUCUUUGUCGUCCUGAGUGUGACUCGGGUGGGAGCGUUCCUUCAGUGCUAUCUGCGGAUAAGGAAAUGUCAUCCCAGCGCAAAGCUCUGGGAAAUAUCACCGAGUGCUCGAACGUGGUUACUGGGACCUCUGCUCAGUCCCCAACUCGCGGUGAUGAUGUGGACCUGGGGGUAAUUUCUCUCUCGACUGGGACGCAGACGGAGGAGAUGCAGAACCACUCCGCGACGCUGGAGAACGGCCCCACAGAACUGUCCUCGGCAACACCUCGAGUGAACGAGGGAAAUCAGGCGCCUCUGUCGUCCCACAGUCCCGGGCCUCCCUCGUUUGUGACCACCAGUGGAUUAGCCGAAAACAGCCGAUGCUACUGCCUGCCUGCUGCCUCUGGGCGGAGUGACGUGAACCUGCUUCUCUCCGCUGCUCCUGGGCAGGGUGGAUUUGCCAUCCCCCUCGGGCACCUGGCCCCGACCAGCCUUCCCUACCAGGUGAUGGUGCCAGUCUUCUGCCAGACGCUUCCCACCACAACGUCCGCAGGGGGCUCCCUGCACCUUGGCCUGCCCAGCCUCGGACUCCUUCCGGCCGCCCAGCUCCUGAUGGGCGGCGUUCCCAUCUCACCGCCGGGCAGCCCUGCCGCUGGAUGCCCCUCGCCGGAACGCCAGGUCUACUCUGCCAUGCUCGCUCCGUCUUCUGGGGAAAGCCCUCCCACCAAGGCAGACCCCCCAACGCUCCAGCCCGUCACGGUCCUCAAACUGCCGCAGCAGUCUUCGGUUGCAGUGGCUCCCAAGGAUAUCCAGCAGGCGUACACGGAGAAGUUCUUCCACACACCUGUUCCCAUGGCUCAAGGCAAGCAGUUGGAAGGAGUGCAGAUCAAGACUGCAUCACCCGCCCAACGCAAGUUGGAAAUUGAGAACAGUCUCUCCAAGUAAAUUCACCAAAUACACCGACAUCUCUCUAUCGUGGAGUUUCAUUGCCGGUGGAACAUUAACUGCUGUUGCCUGUAUCUCCACUGGUGUUGGGAAUUAAAAUUCCCAACUGUUCCUCAGUCUGCUCUGCCAUUCACCAAUCUGCUGAUUCCGCACUGAACCAUUAAGUGCAUGUGGUCACUGGUUGAGUGGAUGUGAAACAAGCAAGGCAUCACUAAGGAUUUUUAAGCAUCAUUUUCUUUUCGCAGUUUAUUGGGAGAGCUUUUAUCAUAACGCUAUGAUUUACAUUUUAAUAUAUUAAAGAUUGCUGGAAAUAUUUCCAGUGGCAAAUUGGAGCCAUCUUCCCCUCUAGGUACCAAAAAGAGUAACUUAAAACGGUCCUUGAGUGUGGAAGGUUGAGAACUCCCAAGGGCAGGGAAUGUACAAUGAGCCACACCUCUCAGGAGCUUUUAGAAGUAUGUGUAGUGUUACCUAUUUUCCUGAGAUAAUUUUGUCUUUGCAUUUGAUGUCCACCACCGUAACGGUGUGGGUUAGGAAUGUGAAUGUAUUAUUUGACUGCAGAAUACUGUGACAUUUAUCAUUGUGCUGGGUGUUCAUACAGAGAUGUCUCCCCUCUCCUCACAAAAAGAUAUCACAUAGGAAGAGCUGAGGGUUAUUUUAUCAUCAUCGUAAAGGAUACCUCUGCUCCGAUUGGAUGGGAUUUCCUUUUAUCACCACCACUUGUAUAUAAUUUUGGUUCAGUGAAUGUGGGUGGAAUUCGACACCUCCUGCUCCUUCCAGACCUCCUGGUCAGACACAAGUUCGAAUCCCACUAUGGCUGGAAUAUGAAUUUGGAUAAUUAGAUCUGUUAGAGAGCCGGUGAUCAUCGGCAAAGGUGCCAAGGAAAGUGGAGCAAAUGCAGGAAGAUGUGUGGAGGUGCUUGAUCCGACGGAAGAGCCUACUUUUUUAAAAAAAAUUCAUUUACAGGACGAGAGUGUUGCUAGCAAAGCCACCACUUACUCCCCAUCUAAAAUAAAUGACUCUCUCUCUCUC